CUGAACCCGCCUCUUUUCUGGUUCGUAGGGUGUAGGGUUUUAGAGGUUAGCCAAAAACCUCCAACGGCACUCGAAAACCCCCAAUUUUCUCAUAAUCCCAUUUUUUUUCUCAAACCCUUUCUCUCAAAAUCCCCUCUCUCUGUAAUCCAAACCUCCCCAAAUCCCAUCUCUCAAACCCGAAGCUUUUCCAAAACCCUAACCUCUGGGAAUUCCGAUUCCCAGAAUACCUCCUACCAAACCCCUAAUUCUCCCCUAAAACCCUACACCCCAGCGAUGUUUGCCCGAAUCGUGGCGCGCCGAAUUCCCGUCCACCGUCUCUCGGCCCCGUCUCCCACUCCAUCGUCAGCCGUCCGAUCCUAUGGCCUCAUCCCCAUGGUCAUCGAGCACACCUCCCGGGGCGAGCGGGCCUACGACAUCUUCUCUCGCCUCCUCAAGGAGCGGAUUGUCUGCAUCAACGGCCCCAUCGCAGACGACACAGCUUCCGUUGUUGUGGCUCAGCUCCUCUUCCUUGAAUCCGAGAACCCCUCCAAGCCCAUCAAUAUGUACAUUAACUCCCCCGGCGGUGUCGUCACUGCCGGCCUUGCAAUCUACGACACGAUGCAGUACAUCCGCUCCCCCGUCAGCACCCUCUGCAUUGGCCAGGCUGCCUCUAUGGGAUCCCUACUCCUGACGGCCGGGGCCCCUGGCGAGCGGAGGGCCCUGCCCAACGCCCGUGUCAUGAUUCACCAGCCUUCAGGUGGGGCUAGCGGGCAGGCCAGUGACAUCGCGAUCCAUGCCAAGGAGAUCUUGAAGGUGAGGGAGAGACUGAAUUUGAUCUAUGCGAAGCAUACGGGGCAGAAGAUUGAGCGAAUUGAGCAGUGUAUGGAGAGGGAUAUGUUCAUGUCGCCGGAUGAGGCGAAGGAAUUUGGGCUCGUUGAUGAGGUUAUUGAGCAAAGGCCAAUGGCAUUGGUGACGGAUGCAGUUGGGAGCGGCAGCGACAGUGGAACUGGGAGUAAAGAUAAAGGUGAGGGUUCAACCUAGGCGGACAGGAUUUGGGUUCUUUUUGUUUUCUUACUUUCAGGUACUGUUUCUUCAAAAGCUUUUAAUUUUUGAUCCACGUGAGUUGGAUUUGAAUUUGGAUUUAGUUGAAACAGAUGCAUUUGGAGAAAUAAAAAAUGGUUCUUUUCAGUUUA